CUGUGAUGUUCUAGGUGUAUUUGUCAUUUAAUUGCGUGCGAAAGAUGGCGUCUCCAUACCCUAGGUCUUCAAUAGAGGAUGAUUUUAACUAUGGCACCAAUGUGGCGUCCGCAAGUAUACAGAUUCGUAUGGAUUUUCUUAAAAAAGUUUACAGCAUUCUGACAACACAGAUUCUUUUGACUACACUAACUGCGGCGUUAUUCCUUUACUCCAAAUCAAUUCAAACAUUUGUUCAUGAAAGUCCUGCUCUGCUCUUAAUAUCAGUCAUUGGAUCUCUUGGAACAGUCAUUGCUUUAACAAUCUACAGACAGCAGCAUCCAGUGAAUUUGUACCUGCUUUUGGCAUUUACUGCUUUUGAAGCUGUGACUGUAGCUAUUGCUGUUACAUUCUAUGAUGUAGCUGUAGUUCUUCAAGCCUUUAUACUGACUACAGCUGUGUUCCUUGGCCUGACAGCAUUCACGUUUCAGUCAAAGAGAGACUUCAGCAAGUUUGGAGCUGGGCUUUUCACAGGCCUUUGGAUCCUGAUUUUUGCAAGUUUUCUGAGGCUGUUCUUUUACAGCGAGACAGUAGAACUGUUAAUUGCAGCAGCAGGAGCCUUGCUGUUCUGUGGAUUCAUCAUCUUUGACACACAUUUAUUGAUGCACAAACUGUCCCCAGAGGAGUACAUCCUGGCAUCUGUCAACCUUUAUCUGGACAUCAUUAACCUCUUUCUUCAUCUGCUUAGAAUAUUACAAGCUGUAAACAAAAAAUAAAGUAAAUUACUGAGAUCAGUAUAUUCCAUAUUUUGUGCCCAUAAAUUCCUUUUUUUUCCCCCCUAUUCUCUUUAUAUAUUUUACUAUGUUGGGAUUUUAGAUGGUGUGUAUAUUUUAGUCCACUCUUUCAGUAACUUACUAUAAGCUUCACCAGAUGGAGUAAUGCAGUAGUCAUUGACUAGGAACAGCCAAAAGCUAAUGGUUCUUUGUAGCUGUUUUUUUGUUUAUUUGUUUUUUUAGAAGUCUGCAUAAUUUUUUAAUUGAUCUGGUAAAUAUUCUUUACAGUGCAAAAGCAAUUGAAUAGGCCUUGAAGCCUGCUAUUGAAAUAUUUUAUCCUUUUUAUGAGCCACUCAUUUCUGGGCAAGACCCUCUGCUAAAAUACUGAAUCAUUACCAUUUAUCAAAUGUAUGAUUUACCUUUUAAUUUAUCCAGUGCAUUUCUGCUUUAACUAAUGUACUGUGCCAACUGUGAUGUUUUUUCUGGUGCAAAGAAUGUGCAAUAUAAUUUCUGAAAAUCAUAUGAAAAUAUACUCUAAAUUAUAUUUUGA